AGGAGAUGCUGUCUCACCCUGGCCUUCAGGCUGUGUGGGUGUCGACCAGCACAGAUGUCCAUGCCAGUCAGUCGCUGGCCGCUAUUGCCAAGGGCGUUCAUGUGCUUUGUGAGAAGCCGCUGAGUACGGAUCUUGCUGAGGUGAGCUUGUCAUGUUAGAUAUUCUAUGCAGGACUAACAGAACAGGCGCAAUCUGUCGUCGACGCUGCCAAUGCAAACCCAUCGGUCAAGGUGAUGGCCGGAUUCUCCCGCCGUUUCGACGCCUCGUACCGCGACGCAGGAGUCAAAAUAAACAACUCGGCCAUCGGCAGCCCGUUCAUGGUGCGAUCCAACACGUGCGAUCUCCGCGAUGAAACCGGUUUCUUCGUUAGAUAUGCCGCUCGCAAUGGUGGAAUCUUCGUCGACUGCGCUAUCCACGAUAUCGACCUGUCGCUUUGGUACCUUGGUAACCCUACUCCCAAGGCGUGCUGGGCUGCUGGUACGCUCCAGCAUCAUCCUGAGCUGAAGGAGUUGAACGAUGUGGACAAUGCGGUUGGUAUCGUUGAGUUCUGGGGCGGGAAGAUUGCGUACUUUUACUGCUCGCGCACACAGGCACAUGGACAUGAUGUCUGCACGGAAAUCACCGGUACUCAUGGCAAGCUCAUGGUGAAUGUGGUCCCCAAGCAGAACAACGUAGUCAUUGCCGAUAAGCUGGGUAUGCGCCACGAAGUCCAGCCGGAGUACUGGCAGCGAUUUGAAGAUGCGUUUGCCCGGGAGGCGAAUGAGUUUGUCGAGGCUGUGUUGAAGGACCAGGAGGUUCCUGUUAAGCUGGAGACAGGCAUUACUGUGAUGAAGAUCGGACAGGCGUUGCAGCAUGCAUUGUUGACUGGGGAGGUGGUCAAGUUUAAUGAGCAGGGCGAGCGGUUGGUGUGCAGAGAUUAGAUUGAAAAUGAAGAUUGAGCAUGCUUGAAUUAAAAGACGACUUGUGUUUCUCUUGAAGAUUGUAAGAAUAGAUCAACAGCCUCUUUAUUCUGCUUCACCAAAUCCCCAUUCCACAACCAGUCCAUCCGUUCGAUCAUGGCCUGCGUCCACAUCUCCGAGUCCCCGUUGACCACUCCAUCGUUAAAAGUGAGCAUAUCGAGUUGCUCUCGACUGGUGUUGACAACCUUUUGACUCCGAGGCCGUCGUACAG